GUUUAUGAUUGGAGCCUGGAAGCAGAGCAGUGGAAACAGGAGAGUUUAGUGCAACUAAUCAACGUGACGAGGAGCUGGGUCCGCCUGGAGUUCCAGAAACCGAAUGCCAUGUUUUCCGUUUUCAAGCUAAUGGUUUUGUUACUCCUUCCGAGAAUUGGGGCAGGCUUGCAAGGAGGAGAAGUUGGUUUCACCUAUAAUGGAUUCCAAGGUUCAGACUUGCAGCUGGACGGCAUAGCCAACAUCAAUUCCAAUGGCCUCCUCGUGCUGACCAAUGCCACCAAUCGACAGAAGGGCCAUGUCUUCUACCGUACCCCGAUCCACUUCCUCGAACCAUUUUCAUCAUCUUCAUCAGGUGGCGCCGCUGCUCUCUCCUUCUCUACAACUUUUGUCUUUGCCAUCAUCUCCCAGUACCCCGAUUGUUCCGGUCAUGGGGUCGCAUUUGUCAUCACACCCACGGUUGGCCUCCCUGGUGUUUUUUCAGGCCCAUAUCUUGGCCUGUUCAACCCCUACAACGUUGGCAAUUCAGGGAAUCAUAUAUUCGCAGUCGAGCUCGACAUCGUAAAGAACCCUAACUUCAUUGAUAUCAACAACAAUCAUGUCGGUGUCGAUAUCAAUGGAUUGGUGUCUGUUGCUUCCGCACCAGCGUCCUAUUUCGAUAAGAACGCUCGGCCGGAAAACCUAAGCCUCGUCAGUGGCGACCCCCUGCAAGUUUGGAUUGAUUACGAUGGUGUACACAAGCAGCUCAACGUUACAUUAGCUCCACUCAAUGUUUCUAAACCGGCUCUUCCCCUCUUGUCUCUGUCUCGAGAUCUUUCUCCAGUCAUGAAGGACCCCAUGUUCGUCGGCUUCUCAUCCUCUACUGGUCGUUUCUUAGGCGCGUCCCACUAUGUGUUGGGAUGGAGCUUCAAGCUGAACGGGCGAGCAGAGGAACUCAAUCUCACUCAUCUCCCCACGCUUCCACGACAAGGACUCAACCAGAAACCGGCUAUUCUGAUAAUCGGACUUCCUAUAAUUGCUGCUGGUUUAGUGCUGACGACGAUUUUUGGCAUCCAGAUUAUGGUGAAAAGAAAGAGAAAAUUUGCAGAAGUACUUGAAGAAUGGGAACACGAUUAUGGUCCUCAUAGGUUCAAGUAUAAAGAUCUCUACGUGGCCACUGAGGGGUUUAAGCACAAGGAGCUCCUGGGCAUUGGCUGUUUUGGUAGGGUGUAUAGAGGCGUAUUACCCACCUCCAAAAUCGAAGUUGCAGUGAAGAAAAUCUCCCAUGAGUCGAUACAGGGGAUGAGAGAAUUUGUUGCUGAGAUCGUCACCGUCGGUCAACUACGGCAUCGGAACCUAGUAACACUCUUGGGGUACUGCCGGCGUAAAGGAGAACUCCUCUUGGUUUAUGAAUUCAUGCCUAAUGGAAGUCUUGACAAGUUCCUCUUCGAUCCAUCUAUGCCGGUGCUGAAUUGGAGUCAAAGGUUUCGAAUUAUUAGAGGUGUAGCAUCUGCUCUGUUUUAUCUGCACGAAGGAUGGGAGCAGGUUGUGGUUCACAGAGAUGUGAAGUCCAGUAAUGUUCUAUUGGACGGGGAAUUCAAUGCAAGAUUAGGAGAUUUUGGCCUUGCAAGAUUGUAUGGCCAUGGAACUGAACCUCAGACGACACAUGUGGCUGGGACACUGGGUUAUCUUGCACCCGAACUUUCAAGAACUGGCAAGGCCAACACGAGCACAGAUGUGUUCGCAUUCGGGGCUUUUAUGUUGGAAGUUGCUUGUGGGAGGAGGCCAAUAAAUUCAAGAGCAUCAGCAGAGGAAGUGGUGCUGGUGGAUUGGGUGUUUUCUUGCUGGAGCAGAGGGGUACUUCUUGACACAGUGGAUCCAAACUUGGGAAUCAAUUACAUAGAGCAGGAAAUGGAGGUGGUGUUGAAGCUUGGAUUGCUUUGCUCUAAUUGGGUUCCAACUGCAAGGCCAAAUAUGCGACAAGUCGUGCAGUGCUUGGAGGGAGAACUUCCUUUACCGGAUGUCUCAUCUCUAAGUCUGAGUGCCAAUGGCGUAACACUUGUGGAUGGCGAAAGCUUUGAUGAUUUUGUCAUGCCUGUAUCAGGGUCUAUUGAAGAAUGGGUACUCUCUGGAGGACGUUGAAUCUCACCCUAUCAUGGGUUUUGUUGUAGUCAAAA